AUGACUUUUAUGAAAAGUUGGGAGGACUUCGAGAAGGCCGCGGAGAAGUUGUACCUGCAGGAACCCUCAAAGGCCAGGUACACCAUGAAAUAUGUUCACUCCAAAAAUCAACUAGUAUUAAAAAUGACCGACGAUGUUGUGUGCCUGCAAUACAAAACAGAAGUCCAGCAGGAUAUAAGGCGGAUCGACAAGUUCAUUAACAAUCUGAUGAGGCAUAUGGCAUCGAAGGAGCACUAAUAUUUAAGGUUAUUGUUUUAUACACUUGGACAUUUCUGUAUUUCAAAACGAAAAAAAAAACAAGAAAUAAGUAAUAAAAAAAGAGUAUAUUUUUAA